AUGACGCAUCUGAGGGUCGCUGAUGCGUUUGCUGGGCUUUGCAGGACGGCGGAUGGUCUGGGCGAGGAUGUGGAGAGGUUGGCUGGUGUUGUUGGUGAGGCGAGAGAUGGGUUUGAAUGGGAGAGAGCAAGGUGGAAAGUUCUUGGGUGGCAGGAGGGGAUUCUGAGGGAGGAGUUGGAGUGCGUUGAGGCUCGGAUGUCUGCUAUGAGCAGCGACGACAGCAGCAGCAGCGCCUCGGUUUCUGAUGGACAUGGGGACAGUGCUGUUGGAGAUACGUCUACGACUACGACAAGCGAGCGAGACACCGCCGUCACCGAGAUGAGAUUCGAGAUGGAGCCGACGGAGAAGCUGCCCUCGGAAUCGGAAGACUACGCACAUAAUCCCACAGAAGACGAUCGUGGCCAUAUUGUUGAGCAGCUCCAGCACCUUAGAGACGAUCGCGACGCGAGGAGCCCCGGAAAUGAGAUGGACGAGGUCCGCUUGGAGAUCAUGGCGGCUUCGCUCGAGUCGUUGUUUCUGGUGAAGCACGGAGAUCUCAGCGCCGAUUUGCAGAGACGGGUUAGAGCGCUGACAGAGGGAGGAGAGAGGUGUCUCGCUGUCGCUGAGGGGUUGGAGAAGCUCCGGGAGUCGAAUUAUGGCGAUUUGGUGGCUGGGUUGGGGGAGCUGGCGAACAAGCCGGACGCGGAGAGCAGACGCAAGGUGGUUAAGAAGGUCGAGACGACUGGGCCUUUGGGGGUUUCUUAUCGCGGGGUGACAACGGCCGAGUACCUUAUGAUGAGAUGA